GGCCUCCCGGCGUACGCCGGGCCACCAUGAUAUAUAACAUAGUACGGUGGACUGGUCACUGCAUUUCAUUGUUCUGCCCUCGUCCCGACAGCGGUCUGCUCUAGUCGUCGCUAGCACUAAUUCGGACAGGAUGGCGCCCCAUAGAGCUCUGGAGAACCACGACGUCGUCUACCAAAUCCUGCAACACUUUGGGCCGUCAGCGUACUCCAACCGCACAACGCUUUCCACCGCCAACCUCCGGGUUAAUCGUGGAAAGCAACAAAAGGCCCUCGCGUACUGCGCACGCACCUCAAAGGCUUUCUCUGAGCCUGCGACGCGCUUGCUCUGGCGGGAGCUCCCCUCGCUUAUCCCUCUGCUCUCUGUGGCUCUGUCUCUUGACCAUGGACGCACGUUUAUGUCGUAUCACACCAAUGAUAGCGAUCCGGACUCGGAGGAUGACUUGAACGUGAAUCAAGACGAAGAUAAGAGACUAGUGGGGGUAAUACAAAGGAAAUGGUUCACCACCGGCAUCCCCACGCAAGAAGGGCUGCGUCGUCUACAUCAAUUUGCGGCGUUUGUUCGACGUAUUAGCCUUCCUCCUAACGAGGAGAUCGACCCGACCGUUUUCUUCUAUCUUUCCCAACACCCCGGAAAACCACUCCUUCCGAUGGUCGAUGAGGUCAAGUGCACGGUGUCGCCAUAUCUGGACUGUAUCGUAUUUUCCCUCGCUGGACCUAGCCUGCGCAAGCUCGUUGUCCUUCAAGAUGUAUACGAUACCACGCUGUGGGACCGGAGCACCGAUCGCGCGACAUGUACGGUCGGCCGGCUCCUCUGCGCGUUGCCUUCGAGAGCCCCGGGGCUGCAGUCCCUCUGCAUACGUGACAAGACCUGCCACCUUGACUUGCUUCCGCAUAUCGUGUCAAUUGGUCAUAUGCGCGACCUACGGCAGCUACAAGUGAUGCUUGUGUCGCGUGGCCCGUGGCUGGGACCUCUCACUUCCGCGCUCGUCAAGCUCGACAACCUUCGUGAUCUUGCUCUUCCUUUGGACAGCGUGUUCACGGAGACAGAGCCAACAUUACCUGCAGGCUUUCCUAGUCUCCGCACCUUGAGGCUGAGCGGGAAAAAAUUCACAGACACGUCGUGUCUUGAUGUUCUGGCGGGGAUGGUACCUUCCAUCGGCCAACUAGAACGUCUCGAUAUUAUCAAGUACAGCUUGGAUGAGCGCUGUAAUGCCCUCGAUGCAUUCACCUCUUUGUGUGCCGACACGCUGACCACAGUCAGACUGUAUACGACGCAGGCAAACAACCGCGACCCCAUACCUGCAAUCAGCCUCCUGCAAGCGCUCACGAAACUACGUCGCCUGCAAUUCUGUACGAUCGUCCUCAGUGGCCGUUCGUCCUUGACGAACGAAGACCUGUGCAAGACACAUGGAGCCUGGCUGCACCUCGAGAAGUUCACUCUGACCUGGUCGGGUGAAAACGAGGCACACGCAGUCCCUACAUUCCAUGGCGUUAUCGACUUCAUCUUCGAGUGUCCUCGCCUGUCGGUGCUCAAGCUGCCGGCGGUCAAUAUUGGCGGACGAACCGCGCAGCGCUGCGACUAUGUCCGUACCCUGCAGUCACAUGUCAAAACCCGUGUGAAGGACAAACGCAUUCGGGAUUCUGUGGCACUUGCCAACGUUCUCCGCAUAUUAUUUCCGAGGAUCCGUGUCAGCCAGGAUGCCGUAGAUCGUGGGCGUGACAAGUGGCGCGUAGUACUGUCAACGCUCAAGAAUAGCUUCGUACUCAUAAAGUAGGCGAUAAUAGCUGCACGGCGACACGGCUUGGGCCCCUAGGAGAAGACCCGGACGCGCUGAUUAUGGACGACACAUGCUACCCUUUAUUUUUCCUUUAUUCAUCUCUGCGACUGCGACCGUGUACUAUACAUUCCGAUGUCCCACGAGAGGCACUAAUACCGAACACCGCUACGACAUAGUCCUUACAACGACCCCUACCCAUUACUACAUACACCUCCGUACAUCACCCCGAGAGAGGGGCGUCGGCCUGCAGUGGCGCGUUUAUUGAUUUCUAGAAUACUGAAGGGUCGGACCUGUCUCGGCUCUUUUUGGAACACCCAACGACCCCUGUCAUUCACGCUCUAGGUGAUGUACACUUCACAUUCCGUCUUCGGAGCACCUUAGAUCUGUUUCUGUCACCAGAGCCACACAGAUUAUGAUCGC